UCCAGGUUUCCGGUCACAUGACGCCCCGGCUCCCCUUGUCUCCGCAGCCACUUCCGCUCCGCUGCAUUCUCCGGAGCCUCUGAGAGACCGCACGUGUCCGGACAUGGGAGCCUAUCUGUCCCAGCCUAACACCAGCAAGAGCUCCGGCGGGGGCGGCAGUGAGCGCCUCACCUACGGCUACUCCGCCAUGCAGGGCUGGAGGGUGUCCAUGGAGGACGCCCAUAACUGCAUCCCCAAGCUGGACAGUGAGACGGCCAUGUUCUCGGUGUAUGACGGUCACGGAGGUGAAGAGGUGGCUUUAUACUGUUCCAAGUACCUGCCGGACAUUAUAAAGGAGCAGAAGGCGUACGCGGAGGACAAGCUGCAGAAGGCUCUGGAGGACGCCUUCCUCGCCAUCGAUGAGAUUCUGACACAGGAGCAUGUAAUCAAGGAGCUGUCACAGAUGGCUGGACGGCCAAUCAACGACCAAGAGAACAAGAACAAAGUAGCCGACGAGGAUGAUGUGGACAACGAGGAAGCCGAGCUGCUUCAUGAGGAGGCCACCAUGACCAUCGAGGAGCUGCUCACACGUUAUGGCCAGAACUGCGGGAAGGGGGCUCGGAAUAAGUCGUGUCCACAUAAUGCAGAUAAGACGGACACUGACGACAAGACCACAACUGUUAACGGGGACCUGGAACCAGACGUCAAGUGCAAGAACGGCAAGAAAGAGACCUCCGUGGCGGCAGUCUCCUCAUCGGAUGAAGGAGGCAGCGGCUCUGGAAGCUCCUCACACCGCAAGGCAGCCAGCGAGGCAGUGUCUUCUUCCACCGGUGAGGCUGGACCUUCCUGUUCCUCCUGCCCCACACAGCCACCAUCUACAGAAAAGUCCAAGUUCUUUGAGGACAGUGAAGAGUCUGAGGCUGAAGAUGAGGAGGACGACAGUGAGGAGUGCAGCGAAGAAGAAUACAGCAGCGAGGAGGCGGAGAAUGAGGAAGACAGCGAGGUUGAGGAGGAUGAGGAAGAAGAAGAGGAUGAGGAAGAUGAAGAUGCGAUGCUUCCUGGCAUGGACGGGAAGGAGGAGCCCGGCUCUGACAGUGGCACCACGGCUGUUGUCGCCCUCAUCAGGGGAAAGCAGCUGAUUGUGGCCAAUGCCGGUGACUCCCGAUGUGUGGUGUCUGAGGGAGGAAAAGCCGUGGACAUGUCCUACGACCAUAAACCAGAGGAUGAGCUGGAGCUGGCACGGAUUAAGAACGCUGGUGGGAAAGUCACCAUGGACGGCAGAGUGAACGGAGGCCUGAACCUGUCAAGGGCCAUAGGUGAUCACUUCUACAAGAGGAACAGGAACCUCCCCCCGGAGGAGCAGAUGAUAUCCGCUCUGCCUGACAUCAAGGUGCUGACUUUGAACGAGGAGCACGAGUUCAUGGUGAUCGCCUGUGAUGGAAUCUGGAAUGUCAUGAGCAGCCAGGAAGUUGUGGACUUCAUCCAUGAGAGGAUCAGCCAGCAUGAUGAGAGUGGGGAACCAGUGAACCUCUCGUCUAUAGUGGAAGAGCUCUUGGACCAGUGCUUGGCUCCAGACACCUCUGGGGAUGGAACAGGAUGUGACAACAUGACCUGCAUCAUUGUCCGCUUCCAGCCGUAUUCUCACAGUAGUGCCGAAGGCAGCAAGCGAAAACUGGAUGUUGUGGAGGCAGUGACUGAGAACUGCAAUGACGGCAGCAAGAAGGCAAAGACAGACUAGUCGCCGACCCACUGCUGCCCACAUUGGACUUUGACCUAAUGAUCUUCAGACUUUUACGAGUAUUGUCAGUUUUGUUUUUUUCUUUUUCUUUUUUUUUUUUUAUUAUUGAUGAUCGAUGUACAAACCUGUUGAGUUGUAGCUGCCGGAUGGUGCUCGUGUGGGG